UCUAGAGCACAUUUCUACUUGUUUAUUUAAAUAAUUUUUAAUCCAAAGUCUAAAUCGCCGCCAAAUGUUCUUGUAUUAUUUUUAAAUGUGAUAUGGAAUAAUCUGUGAGUUUUUCAUUGUAAAUAUAAAAAUUAUAAAAGGAUGCAAUACAUUCUUAAAUGGCUUUAGGUUUUCUGAACCUCAAUGAUAAAGUGGCUACUGGUAACCAAGGUUUGAAAGACGUUGUUAUGGCAUUACGAUGGAUUCAGAAAAAUAUAUCACAAUUCGGAGGAGACCCUGAAAAUGUCACAAUUUUUGGCGAAAGUGCUGGUGGAGCUAUCGUACAUUAUUUAACUUUAUCUCCAUUAGCUAAAGGUACCAGACGCCCAUUUUUCCCAUUCUUUGAAUUUUGAAAUAUCAAAAGAAGAUUUUUCAUGCAAAAAAAACUAUUCAAUAUUAAUCAUUGUGCUUAUACACGAUGUCGCGUUUUUAAUAAUGAAAUAAAAUACAACAAUAAUGCAUCCCAAAAA